UUAACACCUUUCUUUCUUUCUGUUCAAUAAUAAUACAGAAAUAAUAAAUUACUCCGGUAUUUGAAAGUUCUUAUUAAUAGCAGUGAUUCUCCCUCGCAAGAACAAUGCGGGAGGUGAACAGUGAACAAUAUAAUAUGAACUUUUCUUUGGUGUUCUUCACGUGAUAAGGUGGAAGAGGUAACAUCAGAUCAUGGCAGUUCAUCCCGGCCAAGAAGCGUGGUGGUGGAUGAUGUACAGGUGUAGUGAGACAGUGGCCUCAGCGAGUUAUGUGAACAAUGAACCGUGAAGAGAGUGAGAGACAAAGUGAAGAGAAUUGGAGACUUUCUUAUUAUCCCGGAAUGUUUCUCAAGUUGGUUGGUGUUCUGUUUAUGUUCUCUCGGUGUUCAUAUUGUUCACCUGUUCAUUAGAGAGUGAAGUGGCGUAUUUUUUUUUAAACGUCUUGUGAACUGUUUUGAAACUCUCUACAUAUCUGAGUGAAAAGAAGAGACCCCUUCAGCGUCUGCCGUCUGCCACCACCCUCAGGAAGAGAAGUAGGGGCGGGGAAGGUCGAGAAUUAUUACCCCUUCAGCGUCUGCCGUCUGCCACCACCCUCAGGAAGAGAAGAAAACAGAGGCUGGUGAGACUGGAGAAGGGAUGUGGGAUGGUUGAGGACUGCCAGGUGUGGUGGAGGUGGUGGUGGCAGGUGUCAGGAUGGUGGCCACUCACCUGGUGUUAAUGAACCACUUCUUAAUGAGUCUCACACAUAACUCACCUGGCCAUGGAGUCUUCUCGGGAGUCAACAGUGUGGUGGUGGACGUCGGGUGUUCCUACGGGUGUACACAGUGUUCCCCCGUCAACGGGUGUCUGGCGUGCAAGCCGCCCUUCUUCCUACUGCUACACCGGGAGGGCACGAGACAGACGGCCACCUGUACCCCGGCCUGCCCCAGGGGCUUCUACAAACUUAAAAAGAAGAGGAAUGGUUUCUGUGCCAAAUGCACUAUGCGAGGCUGCGUCGAGUGUCUGGGUCAGCACUACUGCUCGGCGUGUCACCCCGACUUCGUCAACUUCUUCGGCAAGUGUAUCAAACAGCCUCCAGAUAAUGACCUGGAGGAGCUUGGUAUCUACGCCACACGUCCACCGCUUGUCUUCCCGGCGGCGAAGACAACGACCAUCACAUCCCCGAAGGUUAACCGGACUGAGGAUGAAGAAUCACCUUCCUCCUCUAUCUCCACGACCACCACGACCUCGACGACUCUACCCGUCCAAACGACUUCUAUGACCACGAUCGAGAUGACUGAUACCUCUGAAGUUACCAACAGAACAGGACUGGCACCAACGCUGACGACCUCUAUAGACAGAAUCACCAGAAGGCCAGAUAAACCUGCCUCUCACCCCAGAACGGAGAGCCCUAGUGCAGCCGUCAGCUCUGGGCCUGAGGUUCGGUCUCCCUCAUCAACACCUCCAGAUGAUGAUGAUGAUGAUGAUCUAAAUCUUUGUCGGAGAAGAUACAUGAGAAGGAAAGAGAGAAGAAGGGGCAAAAAAAACGAUAAUGUUGGAGGGAAGGAUAGAAGGGGACAUAAGGGCCGUAGAAGAAACCAAAAGAGAAGACGAAACAGAAAUAAAAACCGAAAGCUUGAAGGUGGUGAUGGAAAGGCAGGAGCACCCCCUCGAGGCCGCAGUGAUCGUAAACAAGGCAGGAGAGGCUGCAGAAGGCGGAAAAAAGGUAGACAUAGAAACGAAGAGAAAAAGGGGACUUCAACACCUGCCCGUACGUCCGCCGUUAACCAGGAGGGCCAGAGUAUACAAGGUGACACUCCUGUAGACCACCUCGUGAAGAACAACAACAGACAUCUUGAAAAUCAUGAACCUCGUCGAGUCGAAGAGAGAAUAAAACUCUCACUCCUAGAAGAAACUGAAGAACACGAGAAGAACAACUCAGAUCAAUUUCUCACAAGUAACAAGUUUUUCUACAUUAACCGACCUCGAGAGAUGGUGAAUUUCAAGCGUACACGGGCAUACAGGAAACCAAAGCCUCUGUAUGUGAAGGGUCAUCGAGUAAGGCAUGCACGGAGGAACGGCGGUGAUGGCCAGGUGACGAGAGAUUGAUCAAAACAAAGAGAGUCCACUUCUUCAGAGGAUCAGUCGUAUUUUAUUGAUAUUUUAUGAACGCUGGUGAGAUAAGGGCCAUUGAGGUUAACACAAUAUGUAUCCCAAAAGAACUGUACCAAAGAUAAACCGGAACAUUGAAUGAUAAAACUAUAAAACGAAAUAACAUACACGAGAGAGUCACUAUACACCAACAGACACAGUGUAUGGUUACAUUAAGAGACGGUGUGUGUGUGUGUGUGUGUGUGUGUGUUUGUGUGUGUGUGUGUGUGUUGCUACCUGAUAGUGGCCGUGUUGCCUCCUGAACUUGUUAACAUGAUCAAGGCGAGUACAGUAGAAGUCUUGGACACCUUUCCUAACACAGUGAGACACAGCACCAAGUUGUGUUUGUGGACCCGAAGAUAUAUAUUGUACAUGUUUUAUAAUUAAUACUUUGUAAACAGAUUUAUAAAGAUUGUGACACUUUAAUGUAUGUAUAUAUAUAUAUACUCUUAUGUAAAUUAGACAUAUAAUACGUUAUAGACCCCAAAAAUUAUAUAAUUUCUUUUAAGUUCAAAAUUUUCUAACAUUUUUUUUAACUUGCUGCAAACUUGUGUAUGUGUUGACACCAGUAGCUCUUAUAUACACUAUCCUUUAGAAGUCGUUCUAUCAUCAGUGAAUACCUGUAUGUUAAAGUCAGUCACGAAAUCUCACGUGAGGUGGAUCAUGUGACCAACACUACUCCUCUCAGCUCACACACACACACACACACACACACACACACACACACACACACACACAUGUACCUGUGGCAAUUAUCUGUUAGUACAUUUUAUUAUUAGCAAGAACGUUAAAGCAUUUCCCUCUGCUGGUUUGUGUCUGUCUGUCUAUAAUGAGAACCAUGCUGCGUAACUUAAUUAAAAAAAAAUGCUAUCUCCAAAAAUACUCUAAUAUCUAUCUCCAGGAGAGCUAAAUUCAUCUCUAUUUUCCUAAGCUCUAAAGUUCGAAGUUGUAUGCUCUCAUUUUUAGUAUUACAAAAAUAUUAAAUAUCUACAUUCGUUCUAGUUAUAAAAUGUAUUUAUUUUUAAUUAAUAAUGAAAAUAAAGACACAAAACUAUAUUCAACAACUUAAGUAUAGAUUUUGUUAUAUAAUUACGGUGAUAUAUUUUUCAUGUGGUGGUGUGCCGAAACUUGUGCCUUAAUCUAUGUACAACCAGCAGAGGUAUGGUAACUAAUUAAGGUACCAUACAGGUGCCUUAACUUACACAGGUACAGAAAUAUAUAUAUAUGUAAAAUCUGUAUCGCUACUCCGUCUGUAUAUUUGAUUGAAUUAAUUUAUCAUUCCGUCUAUAUUGAUGAAGUUAAUGUUGAUUUAACUAAAAUAAUUAUAUUUCCUUCCCCGGUGUUAAAGUGUUCCUUACUUGGCGCCACAUUGAGACAAGGUUACCUGUCUACCUUCUUGUUCAUAUGUGAUGUCUAUUUUAGUUGUGCAAUGAUACAGCAACAUUCCUGAGCUAAAAGGUUUAUAAUCAAUUUCAUUUACACUCCUUCAUCUGGCGCGAAAAGUUCCUUGGUCGCUACCGUAAUUCGCUGCCAUCCAUGACGAUUCAACAAAACCGGUUCUAUCUCAUCUGGUUCAUCUCUCCGCCUCCUCCGUUCCAAUCCUUCAUUCACACGCCAGGGGUCUCAGAGAACCUACAUUCCACCUCCACCUCUGCGUUUAUGAUCUCAUACCUAAGGCAAAACAAUUAACCCGGCCGUGCGUGACAGAGACGUAACCGAUCAGUGGCGAAGAGGAUAAAAGUAAAGUAAAAAGUGACAACAGAAGGAAUCCGAUAUCUCAGUCUCCCCUUUGAACAUUAUAUAUCUAAUUCUAUUUUCAAUCUUUAUUUUCCCACACCUAUUCUUUCACUAAUGCACUAUCAUAUUACAUUUUAAAAAUGAUGAUAAUUUAUCUUUAACAUUCAUACUUACAUCCUGCUUGUUACCCACUCGCUCAUAAAAUAUUAUUCAAUGACUUGUGUUCCUAUUGUGCAGCCUUAAGACACACAAGUUACCGAUCGCACGACGAGAUAAACAGAUGUUAACAUAGAAAAUGAAUUAGUGACGUAAUGAGGACAGACUAAAGAAAACAAGUGAGAGAGGCGGGAAAAGCUCCAUCAGUUAGGAUAAACGUUCAAAAAACAAACACACAGCUAUAAUAUUUCCUCUUCUUAUAUUUAAUAUCAUAGCAUGUAGUUUAGCUUUACCGGACACAGCAAGCAUACUAGUGAGCGAUGUGUGAAGUGUUAUAUAAUGCAUGUGUGUGUGUCCAGUAUCCACGGUAACAGUUGUAAGUGUUAUAGGAAUAGGAAAUUAUAUAUAUAUAUAUAUAUAUAUAUAUAUAUAUAUAUAUAUAUAUAUAUAUAUAUAUAUAUAUAUAUAUAUAUAUAUAUAUAUAUAUAUAUAUAUAUAUAUAUACGGUUUUCACUUUUUCAUAAGACGUACACUUACACUUAUGGUUUGUGUUUUUAUGUCUGUCGGGGUUUUGAUAUACCACCUAUAGGGAUAUUUUCGCUCUCUCUCUCCCUCUCUUGCUUUCUCUUUCUCUCUCUCUCUCAAAUAUAAACGAAUAAGACGAUUAACGAUGAAUGAGACAAGGAGUAGAAUUGCACUAUCUAUGUAUCCAUCCUACGCCUCUCUCUCUCUCUCUCUCUCUCUCUCUCUCUCUCUCUCUCUCUCUCUCUCUCUCUCUCUCUCUAUGUAUCCAUCCUACGCCUCUCUCUCUCUCUCUCUCUCUCUCUCUCUCUCUCUCUCUCUCUCUCUUGUGUCACGCGUGCACACAGUAAUAACUACAGCAACACUGUACUGUACUACAUGAGAGCACCAAAGUUAUUCACUAAGUUACGGACUGACGGUGUUAUUUGUCAAUAUUUACAAAGUUGUCUCUAUUAUGUUAUUGGGAUCACCUGAAGAUUAGCUACCCCAGCUUAUUUUACCUUAAUGUUAACCACCCUAACCUAACCUAACACUUGCCCACCCAGACAACGUUACGGUGUUUUAUUCAUUAGGUGAAAUAAUCUGGGGUGUCUAUUCUUCAGGUGAUCUUGUUACUAUUAUGUAAUGCCUGAAAUAAACACUUAUAAAA